AUGUACCGUCAAAAGCGACGCGCUGAGUACGUUGACGACCUAAAGGAUGAGCCGCCGCAGCGUCCCCGCCCGAGCCAGCAGCAGCAGCGCGUCGGCGGGCUGGACGAGCGCUCAUCCUCUCGCAACCUUCCUGCACACCCUCUCCCUCGCGAGGUCCCUCUGGGUUUCAACCCGCAGGCGGAGGAUGAGGACGAUGAGUAUGACGAGGUCGAGCCUCCUCAUAUCAAGAUCCUCGCGAUCCAUGCCCCGAACAUGUACAAUGUCGCCGCAGCAUUCUACGACAGCGAGACACGCCGACUCAAGAUCCUCGAGGACACGAAGGACACGUGGGCCUGGGACCUCUGCCGUCUCCUGUGCGAACAGUGCCAGCCGCACAAGAUACUCGUCAGUGCACAUGCGCCGGAUUCGCUGGUCAAGGUCGUCGACGAGUUCUGCCUUGAGAAUCCUGAGACGACGUCUAUCGGCCUUCCCCCGCGUGAAUUCCACCACACUCUUGCGCAGUACCAACUCGCCAACGUCAAACUGCGCCACGACAGAACCAUCCUCUUGGACGAGGAUGGGCAAGUGGCGAACCCCGAGGAGCCCGAGGAGGACGAGGAUGGUGCUGGGCUCGGACGCAUGCGACUCAGUCUGCUCAAAAUGGGUUGCCGCGUCAAUGUUGACGCGCCAAAUGGGGUCUCGGCAGCCGGCGCUCUGAUCUCGCAUGUCGUGCAGCUCAUGUCGGCGGAGGCGCACACCGACCACCUAGACUUCGGGCUCGAUACGAUUGAAAGCAUGGACAUAGAAGAGCACAUGCUGAUCAACCACGAUGCGCUAACGUCGCUCGCCGUGUUCGAUAUUGAGAAUCAUGCCUCCAUGCACUCGAAGGACCGGAAGCAAGGGAUGUCUCUGAGGGGCGUCCUCGACACGACCAUCACCGGGCUUGGGAAGAAGCUCUUCCACACAUGGCUGCUUCGUCCCCUGCUCAGCGUCGAGCGCAUCAACGAGCGCCUUGAUGCAGUCGAGACUCUCGCUCGUGGAGACAACGCGGCCCUGCGUAAGGAGCUGGGCAAGGAGCUAAAAGGGUUCACAAACAUGCUCAACUUCUGCUCACAGACCAAAGCUGGGAAGAGCAAGUGGAAGGACUGGCAGCAGCUCGUGAUCUCCCUAACAGCCGCGCGCAACAUCAAGGACACGCUGCUCAAAAUGAGAUACGGGAAAGCUCUGCCAGUUGCAACCAAGAUUGGACGUUUCCUGAGCGACGAGGUGCAGACGUUCCUCAACGACGUGGUAGCCAUCAUCGACUGGGAUAUGUCGCGCGACAUGCACCGCAUCUGUGUGCGAUCAGGCAUCGACGACGAUGUUGACAAACAUCGCGAGGACUAUGCGGCGCUCGAACCACUUCUCAACCAGAUGGGAACCGUUAUGGGCCGCCACACCCCUGAGGGCAUGUGCGAGGAGGUCAAAUGUAUCUAUCUUCCUCAGAUGGGCUGCUUCGUCGUCGCUUCCAACAUGCUCAACCGUGAGCUCAUCCCUGUGGACUGGAUCUCUCAGCCCAUUCUCAAGAUCAAGGACGGGUGGCACCCGCUUUAUGCAAUGUCCUUGGGGACUGGGCAAUACAUUGGGAAUGACACGCUGCUGGAUGCCAGCGGGGAUCCCGACAUGGCAGCCAUGACGGUCGUCACUGGCGCGAAUGGGUCCGGCAAGUCUGCGUAUGGGAAGCAGACCGCUUCCGCGUUCAUGAUCGAUCUAGGCCAGGUGUCGCAGGCUCUCCGCGGGGCUACCUCGCGCUCGCUCAUCAUCCUCGACGAAUUUGGCAAGGGCACAUCAACAGGCGACGGCGCCGGCCUUCUGGCUGGCGUCUUGACGCACCUGCUUGCGGGCCCGAACCCCCGCACUGUCGUGCUCACACACUUCCACGAGCUGUUGGCACAUGAGUUCCUUGAUCCGAGCCUCAAGAUCCUCAACUGCCACAUGAAGAGCAUCGUCGUCGAGAAUUCGCAGCCGACUUUCCUGUACAAGGUCACACCAGGGCCGGCAUUAUCGUCGAAUGCGGCCGAGUGCGCUUUGCUGCACGGCAUCGACCUCGACGUUGUUAAUCGCGCGCGCCAAGUCAGCCACCUCAUGGCGACCAACCAGAUCGAGGCCCUCGUUGACCGCUAUCUCAACGAGAAGGACUUGGACGAAAUUGAGCAGCACGAGCAGCUAGCCCGACAGUUCCUGGAUUGGGACCUCGGCGAUGAUGAGAUGGAUGUGCUGGGGGAGCUCGAGUUGAUGGUCCAGGCUGUAGAGACCCCGGAAGAAGUGAAAGAGGAGGUUCCGAUGGGUGAGAUGCCGGCAGGUAUGUCGUCGCUUGAGCGCUCUGCCGCGGCCGACACGUCAACCGCGAUGGUCAACAGCUUUGAUUAG